AUGGGCAGGGAAGACCAGACAUGGAUGAGUGAGUUCAUUCUGCUGGGACUGUCCAGCUGCUGGGAGACUCAGGUCUCCCUCUUUGUCCUUUUCCUGGCCAUGUAUCUGAUGACUGUGCUGGGGAACUUCCUCAUCAUCCUCCUUAUCAGACUGGAUAGCAGGCUAAACACACCCAUGUACGUUUUCCUCAGUAUCCUGUCAUUUGUGGACAUCUGUUAUAUCAACAUAACUGUCCCCCAGACGCUCAUUCACUUCCUUCUGGUCGCCCAGGAGUCUAUCCCAUUCUACAGCUGUGUGCUUCAGCUGUUUAUCUCCUUGGCAAUGAGCAGCACAGAGUUCUUCCUGCUGGAAGCCAUGGCUUAUGACCGCUGUGUGGCAGUGUGCCGUCCACUGCACUGUGCAGUCACCAUGCACGGAGGGCUGUGCCUGGGGCUGGCUGCUGGCUGCUUGCUGGCUGGUUUCAUGAAUUCACUGAUGCAGACAGUCAUCUUUCAGCUACCUCUGUGCCAUAAGGUUGUUCAUCACUUUGCCUGUGAGAUGUUGGCUGUGCUGAGGCUGACCUGUGUGGACAUCUCCUUCAACAAGGUCAUGGUGGCCAUCUCAGGAUUUCUGGUGAUCAUGCUUCCCUGUUUUCUUGUUCUGUUCUCCUAUGGUCGUAUAGUUGCUGCGAUUCUGUGUCUUCAUUCUGCCCAGGGACGCCACAAAGCAUUUGGGACUUGCGCCUCUCACCUCAUUGUGGUUUCCAUGUGCUUUGGAACAGCCAUCUUCACAUACUUGAGACCCAUGGCUGGCUCCUCAGCAGAACAGGAGAAGAUGGUCACCCUGUUCUUUGCUGUGGUGACCCCAAUGCUGAAUCCCUUAAUCUACAGCUUGAACAAGGAAGUGAUGAGCACCUCUAGAAGAGUGUUGGGGAAACUUAGUGACAAAGGGUAAAGAUUCAUAGAAUUUCUCCUUCCCUCCAACAGCCCAUAGAACGACAUUCUAAACAAAGAGAAAAUGAUGGACAUGCCCUUUCUUCUCAGAUUUUCUCAUAAGGUAGAUCAUGGUGAACAAGUUUUUCUAGACUGACUUUCCACAUUCAUCCACAUUUUGACCUGUUACACAUACGGUAAAAAAAAAAAAAAAAAAGCCUUUAAUUAUUAAGCUGCAGUCUGCUGGAUAAUCUCUCCUCCUAGACUUCAUAUGCCCCCUUUUACUUUCAUAUA